GCAGGUUGUGCCUUAUGCAGAGACUUACGAGGUUGCAACUUUGUCAUUAUAUGAUACCAAAAAGUGAAUGUCCAAUCACAAUGCGGUUUGAUCAACAUGGCACUACAUACAACAUACCUGAUAAUGUGCAUCUACAGAAACUAUUAUGCCUUAAGAUUUUCCACAUUUACUAUAGAAGAGUUAAGAACAACAAUUAUGGAUUCCGAGAUGAAUUCCAAUGAUCCUUAUAUGAUAAUUCCACUCAUAGGAAGUAUUAAACAGGAAUUCAUUAGCCCAACAGAUCAGAAUGAAGAUAAUCUAUUACAAGAAAGAACGAUAUGUAAAACUGAAGUAAAAGAAAAUGAAAACGAUACUAAAAUAAAAAUUGAAAGAGAUGUUAUUGAUGGUUAUGAAUUUAUAGGAACAGUGGUUACUGAAGAAAACUCUUCACAACUCAUUGCGGAUAUGAAUUCAGACAUAACACCUAGAUUAAAACAUGUGAAGAAUCAUAUCAAAAAAAGAGUUAAGUCGUUAAUUUGUGAUAUAUGUAAAAAAUCAUAUUAUAAUAAAUUAACUCUAAUAAAACAUUUACUACGUCAUAAAACAAAAAAACACCUGGAAUGUACCAUCUGUGAAAAAAGGUUUUCUGUGGUAACAGACCUUACUAGGCAUAUAAGAACACACACUGGAGAAAAACCAUAUAAAUGCGAUAUAUGCGACCAAAGAUUUUCUCAGAAUGGAGCUUUAAAAACCCAUACAAUGACACAUACCAAAGAAAGGCCAUAUAAAUGUGGUACCUGUGGUAAAGGAUUUUCUACGUCUUCACAACUAAAACGCCAUAUCAGGAUACAUACUGCUGAAAAGCCAUUCAAAUGCAAUGUUUGCGAUGCACGAUUUUCUAUAGCAUCAAAUUUAACAAGGCAUAAAAAGUCACAUACUGGAGUACAACCGUACAAAUGUGAUAUUUGUGAUCAAAGAUUUACUCAGAAUGCAUCUUUAAAAAUCCAUUUAUUGAGACAUAACAGAGAAAUGCCACAUAAAUGUGAUAUCUGCGGUAAAGGGUUUUUUACAACAUCAGAAUUAACAAGCCAUUAUAGGACUCAUACUGCAGAGAAGCCUUAUAAAUGUGAUAUUUGUGAUAAACGGUUUUCCUUAGCAUCAAAUUUAUCAAGGCAUAUAAAAAUACAUACCGGGGAAAAGCCAUUCAAAUGUAGUAUCUGUGACCGAAAAUUUUCUGAGAAAGCAAAUCUAACACAGCAUUAUAAAAGGAUACAUAACGAAAAAAAGAUAUUUCAAUGUAAUAGUUGUGAUAAAAGGUUUUCAAAAGCAUCAACAUUAAAAAUGCAUAAAAAAAUACAUACAGGAAAAAAAGCCCGUUGAAAAUGUAACGAUUGUUAUAAAACGUUUUCUUGUAAAUAUUCUAUAAUAUAUACUAUAUAUAUACUUUAAGCCAUAUAAAUGUAGUAAGCAUCUAUGAUUAAUUUUUAUUUCAAAAAGUACAAUUAAAAAAGACAUAUUUUUACUCAUGCUUGAGAGAGGAGUUAAGGACAUUGGAUUUUGUUCAUUAAAAUGUUUAGUUUUUAAAUAUUUUUUUUUUUAAUAUCGCUGUAGAUGCGCAUAUUCGAAUAGUGUAUAUUGAUAAUAAUAUGUUAUUGAUGUUUAAAUCUUAAUUUGUCUUUUUUAGUGUAAAAACAAAUAUGUUUAGAUUUACUUAAAUGAUAAAAGUUAAAUUAUUACUAAAACAACCUUUAUUUACAAUGUAUAGAAUAUUAUAUAACCUGAAUCAGGUAUAAUAUGCUGUUAUAGCAUGAAUAUUAAUUAUGAAGGUCAGGGCUGAGGACUUCUAGUAUUUAAAAUGUCUAUUGUCGUAAGAAUUUGCACCUAAGAGAAACUAUGUUGUUGCUGUCGUACCUACACGAGGCCUAGUAGGUAAAAAAA